AUGAAAUCCACCACCAGCAUGCCAUCCAAAGUCCGCUCCCAACAACGCAAGAAAAACGCCCGCUCCCUCGUCUCCGAAGACCCCUGGAAAGUCGACACGCCGUUCGGCCCGCCUCGCAUCUCCUACUUCCCGGGCGGAGGCAUUCGUCGCAUCCGCAAUACGCUGUCGAAGCUGUCGCCGUCCGCUCGCGCCGAGCGACAACUCCUCAAGCAGAAGAGUCGGUACAAGAUCCCCCUGACGGAGCGGAAUGUGGAUACCCUCGUCACGGAGCAGGAGUUUACGGAUGCUUGUCAUCCCAAUGAACAUAGUAGGGAGUUGUCGGUGUCUGCUUGGUUGGAACAGGUUUCGAAUUGA